AUGGCCAUGAUAGGGCUUUGGAUAAAGGGCGACCAGGCGGCGAGGGAUACGGCCAUGACCUUUCACCAUAAAUUGCUCUCUGCGAUUCAGGAUCAGAGGCCUCAAUGGUAUAUGCCGGAAACACUGAGCCCCGACGAGCACACGGCCUGGCCCGUACCGACGUACCAGAGUAUUCUUCUCCAGCUUAUAUUCGCUCUUCUUGUAGCGCAGCAAGAGAGUACUAUAGAUCUCAAUUUUCGGUUCCAGCUCCCAGACGCAAAAUACGAACUGCUCGCCUCCCUCGUGGAAACCUGCCGGCGGGUCGGGUUGUUCAACUACCCUAAUAUGCUCUCUAGAUUCCAUCCUUCCGCCCCCAUCGCGCUUAUCUGGGUUAGCGUCGAGGAAAUUAAGCGAUUCGGGUUAGCACUAUACAAACUGUGCCGGCUGUGCACUCGCACAGGUUUAGACACCGGUGGCAGCAGCGGUGGCAGCAGCGGUGGACCGAGGAGCGAGCUUCUCACCCUGACAGACCUAGACUUUUGCAUGCCAGACAGCGACGAAGUAUGGAACGCCCCUCCAGAUACUGGCACUGAAUGGUUCCGAAGUUCUGCCUUGCAGCAGAGCUGCAGGGAUAAUCGGGACCCGGACGGGUGGAUAUCGCAGACGGCGGAAAAGUUGCAUGAUGGGCGUGUCGGGCUUGAUUGGAUAUAG